ACCGUUCAGUGAAGCAGUUCGAUGUGCGCGAAUCACAUCGGUUGCAAACUUGCACUGUCCGUCGCAGAUGCCGCGAAAGAACCCUAACCUUUGUCCUAUAUAUGAGCUGAGCUGCCGGCAUCCUAGAGGCCAAAACCAACCCACAGAGAAGUAGAGAGAGAGAGAGAGGGGAAUCAAAUAGCAGUGGUACCCUCUGAAGCAUGCUCAUGCUGUGCGACAUUCUGCAGGAGCCCAGCAACCGAAUCGCUGUGCAGAUGCCACCGCAGAGCUCCUCGCUUUGACUGGAGAUUUCAAGGCGAUACCGCCACAGCACUGUACUGAUGCGGCCACUGGCCAGUGGUGGCCACCGGCAAGUAACACAUCCGGACACAAAGCUGCGUCCUUUGCCGCCGCGCUUGUCCGCUUGCCCGGAAUAGAAGUCUCAACUCAACCCCCCUGUUCAAACUCAGUCCUCUUCCACCUGACACCUGCUCGCCUCUGCCAACUGUGGCCCUCUGCCCUCUGCGAGCUCAAAGACCGCCACCUACUGCUAGGCUAGCAACCGCUCCCUCCUGGCGUUGUCUUCUUCCUCCCCUAUCCUCCGCUACAAAUUGCCUCGGACCUGCUUGUCGCGAGGCAGUUCUCGCACUUGCAUCAGGAAAGACCGAAAGAGGUAGCGUAGUUUGUUAGUACAGUUAAGUGUUAGGUUUCUUGGAGCCAGAAGGCGAGGGGAGCUAUGGUUCGUGUCGCGGCGCCCAUGGAGGCGGGUCAGGUGGUGGAGGGGAGGGCGGCGGCCGGCGGCGGUGGAGGAGCGGGAGGAGGGAGGCCGGAGCUGGCGGGGCUGCCGUGCCCGCGGUGCGAGUCCACCGACACCAAGUUCUGCUACUACAACAACUACAACCAGGCGCAGCCGCGGCACUUCUGCAAGGGGUGCCGCCGCUACUGGACGCGCGGGGGCGCGCUCCGCAACGUCCCCGUCGGCGGCGGCACGCGAAAAGCCACCCCCGGCGGCCGCCGCAAGCGAGGCGCCCAGGCCGCGCAGGCGUCGCCAACGCCCCUCUCGGCGUCGGCGCCCUACGCCACGCAGCGGCCCUACGAGCUGUCCUUCGCGCCGGCCCUGGCAUCGCCGCUGGCGGCAGUGGACCCGGACCGACGGCUGCUCGACCUCGGCGGCAGCUUCAGCGCGCUGCUCGCGCCCGCGCCCGCGCCGGUCGGCCACUUCUCCGCCGGGUUCCUCGUUGGCGGGCUCGCGCACGCGGUGCCUCCUGCUCUGCCACCGCCACCACAGCAGCAGCAGCCAGUGUCCCAGGCGUUGCCGGAGGGCUUGAUCUGGAGCAUGGGGUGGCCGGACCUGUCCAUCUAGGAGCUCUCUCCGGCGAGCGCGCAGUGCAACGUCCAUGCCCAACCAAUGAUUACUGUUCAUCUCUAAUAUUUUAGCAUUCUCUUUUAGCCUGCUAGCUAGUGUUGCAUCCAGGUUAGUAUCUUUUUUAGAGCCAAAUGGUUUAGGAAUCAGAAAGGAGAGCUGUUCUUGGGAUUCAGGAAGAAGGAAUUGUGAGUGAUUUGAUGGUGUUAAUCUCCAUGUGUUGUUUGCAUGAGCACCCUGCAAUUGCAUGACCAUUCGAUGCUAGUAGCAUCUUAUCUUGAGUGAUUAACGCGUCUUGUUUUUCCUU